UGCUAAAAGUUGUUGUGAAUGGUGUUGAGGAGUACAAGAAGGAAGUGGAUAAGAUUGGAACACUUUUGCAAUCUGAAGAUGCAGAAGAGGAACAAUUGAUGUUGAGAUUCUGUAAUGUCAAAUAUCAUGUGUAGAGGUUUUACAGUCAGAUGUCGAAGCUGCACUGAAAGUUUUAAAUUUUGCCAUAUAUCAUAAAGAAUUGACUGAAAUGGAGGAGCGCGAGCAUGAAAAAGAGAAAGAAACUGAGAGCAAACGCAGAGCUGAUCGUCGUUCAGAUGAUCAUGAUACACCAGACGGUGGUGCAGCUGGAAAAGGAGGCCCAACAAUCGAUGCCAUGGAUGUAGAUGACCCUCCAACCCAAUCUGCUGGUGAACUUUCUCCAGAGAGAAUAGAAGCAUUCAAUUCUUUAUUUGGCCAGCAUAUGCGGGCCAAUCACUUGGAUACAUUAUCCAUUGACAGAAUAGAGGAGGCUGUCAACUCCAGGGCCGAUGUCCGCUACACAAGUGCAGAGAUAAAUGUCCUAUUAGAGAAACUACAAGAUGCUAACCGAGUGAUGAUAGCUGCCGAUGGAAUGGUGCAUAUGAUAUCUUGAGUUGGGUACUAAAUGAUGACCAUUUUCAAUGGCUAAAUCUGGUCAGUUGUAGUAUAAGUUCCCAAACUGUAUUGUUCAGAUGUGGCUGAGACGACUAACUGGAUACCAGGGCAGCCUAAUUCAGUGUCUCUCGGAUGAUGAUAUUGAUGAAGAAGCAUUUAUUUAGUUUCGAAGCUUCAUUUAUAUCAAAAGUGCAAUCAAAUGUACUGAUGGAUCAAAAUGAUUUUUUUCAAACAUGACAGCAAACGAGCAAAACAAAUGUAGGCAGAAUUCACUAAAAUUUAGGCAGUUUCUUUCAAGUAGUAAAGUUUAGUAGAAUAAUUUGUCUAAAAAAGACUACUACUAUCUGAAUUGCCUCAAAUGAGAUUUGACCCUAUUUUCCUUCCAAUGUAUACUACUCACAGAAUCAUCACACUAACAAGAACACUAAGUGGGUGUUUGGUAUGUGGUAAAGUGAA